AUGGAUAUAGGGCAGCUCUGUUCUAUCCUGGCAGCCUGCAUUAGCCAGGAGCCUCAACAGCGCAAGGCGGCUGAAGCGACGCUUGCGCAGUUCCAGCAUGUGAAGGGGCAGCUGGUGAAUCUGCUGAGGGUGGCUGUGGAGGACAGCUUGGAUGUGGGGCUGCGCCAGGUCGCUGCCAUCUCCUUCAAGAAUCUCGUCCGCAAGGAUUGGGACCCGCCAGGGAGCCCGAGCCCGAUACCGGAGGAGGACAAGGCGGCGGUGCGUGACAAUCUGCUGGAGGGCAUAGUGCGGGCGCCGCAGGUGGUGCGAACGCAGCUGGGUGAGUGCCUCAAGGCCAUCGUGCACGUCGACUUCCCUGAGAGCUGGCCCGGCCUGCUCCCCAUCGUGCUGCAGAACCUGGGCUCCCAGGAGCAGCAGAGGCUGUAUGGGGCGCUGUUUGCGCUGCGCAUUCUGACGCGAAAGUAUGAGUUCAAGGACGAGGAGGACCGUAUACCGUUGGGCACCCUCGUGGAUGCAACCUUCCCCAUCCUCCUCAGAAUAUUCCAGGGGCUGCUGGCGAGCGAGUCGGCAUCGCUGGAGGUUGCGGAGCUGCUGAAGCUGGUGUGCAAGGUGUUCUGGAGCACCACCUACAUGGGCAUCCCCCCUCUCCUGCUCCAGGAAGCCCAGUUCACCGGCUGGCUGACCUGCCUGCUCCAGGCCGUGCAGCGCCCAGUGCCCCAGGAGGGCCAGCCGGCGGACAGUGCGGCGCGCAAGGCGUGGCCAUGGUGGAAGGCGAAGAAGUGGGCGUUGCACAUUGCGCAGCGCCUCUUCGCGCGCUACGGCGACCCCAAGCACGCCAAGGAGGCCUCCCCUGAGCGCGCCUUUGCGCAGCUCUGGAAGCAGCACUGCUCCGCCCAAUUCCUUGACGCCCACCUCGCUCUCCUGGCCGCCUUCCCGCAGGGGCAGUACAUAACGCCGAGGGUGAUAAAUCUGGCGCUGCAGUACCUCACAACGGCGGUGGGCCUGAGCUCCACAUGGAAGCCGCUCAAGGCGCACAUGGGCAGCCUGCUGGCCUCGGUCGUGUUCCCCCUCUGCAGCUUCAACGACGAGGACGAGGAGCUCUGGCAGGACGACCCCCAGGAGUACAUCCGCAAGGGGUAUGAUGUGAUGGAGGAGAUGUAUAAUGAGAAGACCGCGGCCAUGAACUUUGUGCACGAGCUGUGCAAGACCCGGACCAAGGGCAACCUGGAAACCUUCAUGGGCCUCUGUGUCAAUGUCAUGAACGAGUACCAGAGUCCGACCAAGGAGCAGUGUAGAAGGAUGGACGGGGCCUUCCUGGCAGUGGGUGCCUUGAGUGAUGUGCUGAAGAAAGAGGCGCCGUACAAGGCCCAGCUGGAACCGAUGCUGCUGCGGUAUGUGGUGCCGGCCUUUGGAGCGCCGGUGGGGCACCUGCGCGCGAAGGCCUGCUGGGUGACUCAGCAGUACGCCGACAUGCGAUUUGCGGGCGGGCGCGGCCGGGGCGCCACUUUCCUGCAGCUCUUCCAGUCCACGCUCGGCCUGCUCGCAGACCCCGAGCUGCCGGUGCGAGUGGAUGCGGUGGCUGCGCUGAGGAGCCUGGUGGACGCCUUCCACGAGGAUGACCUGCCCAGCAUCAAGCCCCUCAUCCCCAGCCUCCUCAACCAGCUCUUCGCGCUCAUGGCCGAGGUGGAGAGUGAGGAUGUGGUGUUCACGCUGGAGACGAUAGUGGAGAAGUUUGGUGAGGAGAUGGCGCCCUUCGCAGUUGGCCUCUGCCAGCACCUCUCCCAAGCCUUCUGGAGGCUGCAGGAGGCUGCGGACGAGGAAGACGAUGAGGGGGAGGGACUGAUGGCGUCCUAUGGCUGCAUGCGCGCGCUGUCAACAGUCCUAGACAGCGUCAGCUCGAUGCCGGCGCUCUUCCCCCAGCUGGAGGACAUUCUUUUCCCUGUCAUGCAGCGCCUUAGCUCGACGGAGGGCCAGGACGUUUUUGAGGAGGUCAUGGAGAUCGUGUCCUACUUCACCUACUUCUCGCCCUCGAUAUCAGAGCGCAUGUGGACGCUGUGGCCGCAGCUGGUGCAGUGUUUCCACGAGUGGGCCAUCGACUACUUUGAGAACCUGCUGGUGCCCCUUGACAACUUCAUCAGCCGCGGCACCGACACCUUCUUGUCUGGCCAAAAUCCCAACUACCUCCAGCAGGUGAAUCACUUGGUGGAGACGGCCCUGACAAAUGCGGAUCUGAAUGAGAGUGACAUUGGGAGCGCCCCGCGGCUGCUGGAGAUAAUCAUGCAGAACUGCCGCGGCCGGGUGGACGGCUGCAUCGGCCACUACAUCGCCCUCGCGCUCAAUAAGUUGCCGACGGCUGGGCGGAGCCUGCUGAAGGAUCAGUUGGUGAAUGUGGUGGCGACUGCGCUGUACUACAACCCCUCGCUGGCUCUGCAGCAGCUGCAGGCGCAGGGCCGAACCCAGGCAUUCUUCUCUACUUGGUUCCAGAUGAUAUUCGCGACGCGGAGGAACGACGGCGCAAAGCACUUCCGGCGGCUGUACGACAAGAAGGUGAACGCGCUGGGCAUGGCGUCCGUGCUGAGCGUGCCCGAUGAAUCACUGCCCGCUGACGUGGCGGCCGGCCUUCCCCAGCUCAUGGGCGGCCUCGACAUGGCGUUGGAUGCCGAUGACGAGGAGGAUGAGCUGGACGAGGAUGGCGACAGCAGCGGGGGGAGCGAAAGCGACGAAGAGGGUGACGAAGACGACGAGAACGGCCACCUGGACGAAGAUGAUGACGUGGACGAGGGAGAUGAGGAUGAGUACAUCAAGCGGCUGGCUCGCGAGAGCGCGCGCAUGAGGGGGAGGAGGCAUGAGGAGAGCGAUUCGGACGAUGAGUGGACGGACAAUGAGGAGGACUCUGCUCCGCUGGAUGACGUGGACCCUUUUGUCUUCUUUGCUGACUCGCUGCGCUCUGUGCAGUCCCAGAUGCCAGCCCGAUUCCAGGGGUUGAUGGCGAAUGUGGACGCCAAUGCGCAGCUGGCGCUGCAGGGCAUGAUGCACUAUGCAGAGGAGAUGCGCGCCAAGCCGCCCAGGGAAGACUGA